AAAACACAAAUAGGGUUCCAACCAAAUAUGCUAAUCAUGACAUGCGACGCAAAACACAGUUUGAUGCAGCGAGAGAGAUAGAGAGUGUGUGUUGUGUAUGUUACUAAAAUGAGAGGGAGUUGUCGUCGUCGUCGUCCUCCUCCUCCUCGUUGUUGCUUGAGAACAAGACACUAACCACUAUAUAACACCAUUCUAUAACACACACACUUAUUUCGAAUUGAGAUUUGAGAAGAGAACCCUAAGCAGCGCCACCGCGAGCAGGGUAUGAUUGAGGUGAGGCACGUACAGAGAGCAAGCAGGUGUUGAGUCGAAGACGGAGGACGGUAUGGCUCAUCUUCAUCGCAAGCGAAUCAACGAGAAGCAACAUGAGGAAUCUGAAACAGAUAGUGACAAAUCAGAUGUUAGUGGUUCUGAAGGGGAUGAUACAUCUUGGAUCUCAUGGUUUUGCAAUUUGAGAGGAAAUGAAUUUUUUUGCGAAGUUGAUGAUGAUUAUGUACAAGAUGAUUUCAACCUCUCUGGAUUAAGUAGUCAAGUGCCUUACUAUGAUUAUGCACUUGAUUUGAUUUUGGAUGUUGAGUCUUCCCAUGGUGACAUGCUCGCAGAGGAACAAAAUGAGUUAAUUGAAUCUGCAGCAGAGAUGCUUUAUGGUCUGAUUCAUGCCCGGUACAUUUUGACAAGCAAAGGAAUGACUGCAAUGCUGGACAAGUACAGGAACGACCACUUUGGCAGAUGUCCAAGAGUUUACUGCUCCGGACAACCCUGCCUUCCAAUUGGCCAGUCAGAUAUUCCUAGUUCAAGUACUGUGAAAAUAUAUUGCCCCAGGUGUGAAGACAUUUACUACCCACGGUCCAAGUAUCAAGGUAACAUUGAUGGAGCUUAUUUUGGAAAUACAUUCCCUCACCUCUUUCUGAUGACUUACGGGAAUCUGAAGCCACAAAAACCAUCAGAGAGUUAUGUUCCUAGAGUUUUUGGUUUCAAAGUUCACAAGCCCUGAAGCUGGAUGGAGUCUCAAGCUUUCAUCAAAGUAAGAGUCUGCGCAUGCCUAAUACCUUGUUUAGCUUAGUGUUUGUUGUAUUUCCUCAAAAACUCAGUGGAUUUUCAGUUUUCGAAAUCAGUACAAUCUACGUCUUCCUGUAUUGUAAACUGUAGACAACUACAGCUAUGUGCAGUCACCAACUGCAAGAGCUUAAUUUUGCUUUCUGCUUCAAAUUC